GGUUUAUGGAAGUAUGAGUUGGAGGAUAAUGAGUGGGAAAUACUACAGCAAUUGCAUGAUAUACUAAAGAUUCUAAAAAACACUACACUUUACUUCUCGCGUGCAACACCUAACCUUGCGACAGUGAUGCCAGCAAUGGAUCACGUCGGCAACAUGCUCAUGUCCUAUUUGCGCAACAAGAAAUAUCUGCCUUCAAUUCGUUCGGCAGUUCGGCUCGCAAAAAAGACACUCAACUGGUACUAUCAGCUCACAGACAGGUCUCACACAUAUCGGAUCUCCAUGGUGUUACAUCCCCAACACAAGCUAUUAUACUUCAAGGCAGCAGACUGGGAAGACAACUGGAUCCAAACUGCGGAGCAACUUGUGCACGAGGAAUUCGAAUGUUCAUACCUGUCCCUUGAUGCCGACUCUGAUUUGGGGCAUGAGGCGGAUGUCUUGGAGUCAAAUGGUAAUAUAUUGAUGGUAUUUUUCUUUUUUUCUUUUUACUUAGCGUUUGUACUGACUCAAUCUUAG